AUCUGAUCCAACGACUCCCGGCUCCAGCCCGUUCCUCCGCGCGGCCUGGGAUCCUCCACCCCGACACAGCCGAGAGAAAGCAGCCGGCGGCGAGAAGCGAAAGCGAAAGGCGAGCAGCCGACGGCGAUGGCGUGGCGGGCGAGCCUGUCCCGGAGCGUGAAGGAGAUCCGCGUCCUCUUCUGCCAGUCCUCCCCCGCCAGCGCCGCCGCCCGGGAUUUCGUGAAGAAGAACUACGGAGACAUCAAGGCCCGCAACCCCUCCCUCCCCUUCCUCGUCCGCGAGUGCUCCGGCGUCCAGCCCCAGCUCUGGGCGCGCUACGAUAUGGGUGUGGAGAGGUGCGUGCACUUGGAUGGCCUGACGGAAGCGCAGAUCGAUAAGAAGCUGGAGGAGCUUGCCAAGGCAGGAGAGACGGUUGAAGCUAAGUAAUGUUGGAGGCCCCGCAGUCUCUCGACCUAAUGUUCACAAAUAAGUGAAACUUUAGCAGUGGGUUUUCCGCUGUCAUGAUUUCAUUGCUGAGAACGAAAUGAAGUUUUUGAACUUGUACUUCUCAUGGCGAGAAGACAAACUGUUAUUCUCUUGUUUGCUAUGCGCUCUUCUCGAGUUUAUGGAUGUUUAUCGGUUCACGUGUA